AUGGUUCGGUUCCAUUUUCCAGGACAGUCGACUCUGGAAUGGAAAGGUAAUACAACUUCGCCGAGAGGCAGGUUUAUUUCCUAUCUCAAGGCAAGGAAGAUGAUCGCAAAGAGUUAUAUUUAUCACCUUGUUCGAGUCCAUGGUGUAGAAGCAAAACCACCGACCCUUCAGUCUGUCCCAGUGGGUAAUGAAUUCCUAGAUGCAUUUCCAGACGAAAUUCCAAGCAUUCCGCUAGAGCGGGAGAUUGACUUUGUAAUCGAUGUGCUACCAGAUACUCAGCCUAUAUCUAUUUCUCCUUAUAGAAUGGCCCCUGCUGAAUUAAAGGAAUUGAAAGAACAGUUGAAAGAUUUGCUCGAGGAGGGUAUUAGGUCUAGGUGCCAAAUGUUUUUCAAAGCUAGACUUAAGAUCAGGUUAUCAUCAGGUCAGGUAGAUGGCUGGGUAUUCCUUGAGGUAUCACCUAUGAAAGGUGUCAUGAGGUUCAGUAAGAAAGGCAAUCUUAGCCCUAGGUACAUCAGGUCAUAUAGGAUUAUAUGUAAAGUAGGUCGAGUAGCCUAUGAGUUAGACCUACCUUCAGAUUUGGAGUCUGUACAUUCGAUUUUCCAUGUAUCCAUGCUCCGCAAGUGCAUCAAAGAUCCUUCCAGAGUUGUACCUGUAGAUAAUGUCCAGAUUACAAAGCAGUUAUCAUAUGAGGAAGUCCCUACUGCUAUUCUAGAUCGCCAAGUUCGUAGGUUGCGAACCAAAGAUGUAGCUUCCGUGAAAGUACUCUGGAGGAAUAAGAAUGUAGAAGAGAUGACUUGGGACGCCGAGGAAGACAUGAUGUCUAGAUAG